CUGCAUAAAAUUAAUAUCAUCUUAUAAAUCUUGAUCUCUUUUUGUUUAAGAAUUUAUCUCUAGAAUAUGAAUCCACUCAACCAAUCUUAAGUAAUUUUGGGGAACAUUAACCUCAAGUAAUCGAAUGGACGGAAGUUGAUAUUGAAUCUGGAGAUAAUCUAGCCCAAUGCCUAAUAGUAUCAGGAAAUCAAAAUUAUAAUCUCAGAAAACAAGCUGUAAUGGCAGUUGCAGCGGCCGUACAAGUCGGUAAUCUUCCCUCCAAAUUCCGACGGCUUCUGCCAUCGCCACCCAAAAUCGCCGCCCAAAUCAAGCCCAACUCCGCGCCUCCGCAGCUAUUGGUGUCUACAAACCCAUCCCACGUGAACCCCAGUCAGCUGAGAGAGCUCUACGCCGUCUGCAACCACUCCUGCCACCGCUUCCCCACAAUCGACGCCGCGGGCAGAGUGGAGCCCGUCGACGCGCUCAAGCUGAGCACUGCCGUUUCCCACAGCUCCGUCGUCGUCUCUGUCUUUACGAAGCCUGAGUUGGUGGCGAGCCAAACUUCUACUCCGGAAAAUGCCCCGAGUGUCGCCGGCGUCGGCGGAAAUUGGAUCAGAAAAGUGGCGCCUGUGACGCCGGAAAAUGGGCGGCUGAUAGGGUUCGGCCGAGCUGUUUCUGAUUUGGGGCUCACGGCUUCCAUCUAUGAUAUCAUGGUUCACCCUUUUUUUCGCGGUAAGGGAAUAGGUCGGAUGAUUGUUAAGAAGAUAAUAAGAAUGCUCAUUAACAGAGACAUAUAUGAUAUAGCUGCCCUCUGCAAUGAUAGAGAAAGCUCCGCAGGCUAUUUUUCAGAGCAUGUGGAUUCGGAGAUGAUAUGUUGGGAUCCACUACAAUGAUGUAUGCUGCAGCUGCUUCUCUCUCUAGCCUUUCCGGUGAAAAGGAGAUGAUAGUUGCCGGUAGAAAGCUGCUGCUAGUUCCUCCUCAAAGAGAAUUUAAGCAAAAGUAAAUAGAUUACUAAUUAUACUAUGAUUUCAAAUUACUAUGGCAGAACAAAGAAAUGGAUAGACUUGGUGUAUGAUCAAAUGAAUGAAAACUGGUGACGAAGCCACGAGCUUGAACAAAAGGUGUUGUAGCAAUGAUGAACUCAGAGAAAAACAACUACUCCUCCCGUCCCACUAGAAUUGACACCCUUACAUUUUUUGUUUAUCCCACUAGAAUUGAUAUUUUCUUAAAA